AUGUUAGAGGAUGAGGACGUUACUACUACGAUCGAGAAAGCUAUCCGGGUCCAGAGGGUGUUUAUAAACCUGCUGGACACUUUCAGCAGCCGAAAUAUCGGGAAAUAUCUCUCCAACUGUGUGAUUGGGGCCUCCCUGGAGGAUAUCAUUGAGGAGGAAGAAGAGGAAAAUGAGAGCAAAUCGGGCCAGCUGGAGCCUGGCUUGGUCAAGCAAAAGGAAGGUGCCUUCCAGGUGGUGGGUACCGUUUCCCAGCUGGAGACAAUGCAGCCCGAGUAUGCCACUGAGACCUACUAUGGCAUUUCUCGAGAAGACCUGCUCUUGCGGCUGAUGGAGUGUGACAUAAUCAUAUACAACAUCUCAGAGACCACCAGGCAGGUGGAUGAGGCCGUGUGGGCGGUGUCUGCACUGAACGAGGAAAUUAGCCAUUUCGAGAAGAGGAAGAUGUUCAUUUUAGUGUCCACAGUCAUGACCUGGGCACGCUCCAAACCGCUGGACAUGGAAGAUUCUGAGAUUCCAUUAACCGAAGAAGAUUACCGCAGAAGAAAGAACCACCCCAAUUUCCAGGAUCACAUAAAUGCUGAAAAACUGGUUCUCAAGUUGGGGAAAAAUGUCAAAAAACUCAUAACUUACGUAGUGGCUUCAGGACUUCAAUACGGACUUGAAGGAGGCAUCUUUCACACAUUUUUUAAGAUGGCUUGGAUGGGCGAGGUCCCUGCAUUACCAGUUUAUGGAGACGGACUGAACUACAUCCCAGCAAUCCAUAUUAUGGAUCUAGCAGCAGUGAUUCAGAACGUCAUCGAUCAUAUGCCCAAGGCUCACUACCUGCUCGCUGUGGAUGAGUCUGUGCUCACCCUGGAAGAUAUCAUCAAGUGCAUCAGCAAAAAUACUGGCACCGGUAAAAUUCAAAAAGUACCCAAAGAAAAUGCUUUUCUAAUAAAAGACUUACGACAAGAGUCUGUGGACCAGCUCUUGAUCAACUUGCGGAUGGAAGCAGCUUAUGUGAAGGAGAACUUCAAUGUCCGCUGGAUUUCCCACACGGGCUUUGUGGAGAAUAUCAACACGAUCCUCAAGGAGUACAAGCAGACCCGGCGGUUACUGCCCAUCAAGAUCUGCAUGCUGGGGCCCCCAGCCGUGGGCAAGUCCAGUGUGGCCGAAGCUUUGUGCCGCCACUACAAGCUGCACCACAUCAAGCUCAAGGAAGUGAUUUCUGAGACCAUCGCCAAACUGGAAGCCAUUGUGGCACCAAAGGUAUCAUCAACUCCUGACGAUGAGAGUGAGGAAGAGGAGGAGGAGGAGAAUGUGGAAGAAGCGCAGGAGCUUCUGGAUGCCAUCAAGGAAAGCCUGGAGCAGAACGCAGGUCACCUGGAAGAUCAAUAUAUUAUUCGAUUUGUAAGAGAAAAGCUAAAAUCUAUGCCCUGCAAGAAUCAAGGUUAUGUUUUGGAUGGAUAUCCAAAGACCUAUGAUCAAGCAAGAGAGCUGUUUAAUCAAGAAGAUGAAGAAGAGGAGGAGGAAUCCAGAAGCAGAAUGAUGCUUUACGAUAAAGCAAUCAUUCCUGAAUUCGUCUGCUUGCUGGAUGCCUCUGAUGAGUUCCUGAAGGACCGAGUGAUCAACCUGCCCGAGAGCUUGGUGGUGGGAACCCACUACACUCAGGACCGCUUCCUCCGAGCACUGGGCACCUACCGGGACAUCAAUACCGAGGAUGAGACUGUCCUGAACUACUUUGAUGAACUUGAGCUCCACCCCAUCCACAUAGAUAUAGGGAAACUGGAAGACCCCCAGAACAAGCUCGUGAUCAAACAGCUCAUCAAAGAGAUCGGAGAGCCUCGCAACUAUGGCCUGACGGAGGAGGAAAAGGAAGAGGAGGAGCGCAGGGCUGCAGAGGCUCAGCGGGCCAAGGAGGCAGCGGAGGCUGCAGAGAAGAUGCGCAAGGAGGCCCUGGAGAUGGAGGAGAAGCAGGCGCGCAGGGAGGAGUGGAGCAAACGACUGGAGGAAGUGAAGAGAGAGGAGAGAGAGCUGCUGGAGGCCCAGUCCUUGCCCCUUCGAAACUACUUAAUGACCUACGUGAUGCCCACGCUGAUCCAGGGCCUAAAUGAGUGCUGUAGGGCCAGACCUGAAGAUCCUGUGGAUUUUCUGGCUGAGUAUCUCUUCAAGAACAACCCAGAAACUAAGUGAAACUUGGAGGCUCAUGUCCAACCCUGGCAGAGAUAGAGAGGGAUUUAACACGGCCGUUGGGAAG